AUGGAGUGCGUAUGCAUCUCCGCGGCGAGGUCCCGUCAUGGCGUGUUUGACGAAUGUAUCUCGCCAGUAAGUCAGACGUUUGUCGCGGUCGAUGGUGGCGACACGUUCACAAUUGGCAUUGCAAGUCCUCGUGGAGACGUAGUUGGAUGGGGCCGCGCGUUCUACGGCGAGUUGCCGACCGGAUCCGUUCAGCGAUGCAAAUUGGUGGCUUGUGGCUCGAAUCACGUCGUGGUACUGACCCUUUCAGGCCAAGUCAUGGCGUGGGGCUGGAACCGGUUUGGUCAAGUCACAAUGGCAGUAGCAAAUGAUUGCGUGCGUGUUCCAGUCGUCGUGAAGUUCUCGCCUGCAUCGAUUCCUUCGUCGCCUGUGCGGAUCGUACAAGUAGCUGCAGGAGGGACGCACUCGCUAGCCAUUGACACUUGUGGACGCGUCUGGACGUGGGGAUCCAAUUCGUAUGGACAACUGGGCAUUGGAUCGAAAACGGGACAGCUUUGUGCCCCAACGCGUAUAGCGUUGAGUGCCCGUGUCCACCACAUGGCUGCGGGAUGGGCGCACAGUGCGUUGGUCUCCAUAGCAGGCGAGGUAUUCACUUUCGGUUGGGGGCUGUACAACCAGCUCGGCCACGGGUCUAUCCAGGACGAGUCUGUGCCUGUUGCUGUAGACGCUCUCUAUGGACUCGACAGCGAAGUCGUGCAGGUUGCGUGCGGCAACUGGCACACAGCAGCUUUGACUGCGUCCGGUGACGUAUACACGUGGGGAUGGGGAAAAGACGGUCAACUGGGUCCCGAAAGCUCUGUCGCAACACAAGUGCUCCCGCGCGUCGUGAACGUACUGUCAAGUCCAGGAACAAGCGAAUCCAUCCAGGACGUGACGUCGAUUGCGUGUGGCAGCCGCUUUACCAUUGCGUUGCUUCAAGACGGCUCUGUCCAAUGGUGGGGCGUAAGAUCAGCGCGAAGCGGACCGCACAGCGUCAUAACACGUCAGGAGUCAGCGCUGCAUGGGGAAGGGUACGUACCUCAAGACGGACGGCGUAUUUGCAAGGUGGCCGCUGGCAACUCGCAUGCUAUUCUUCUGCUAGAGACGAGAAGAGAGCAUGCACAGCAAGAGUAG